AUCCUCCCCAAAAAAAAAAAAAAAAUCCAUACUGUUAUGUCGGUGGUUGGUGAUUGUAUUGUAUGGCGCAAUGCAACGCGUUGUUUGAGUGCAAAUGAAAAAUGAGGGAUUUUCUUAUUAUUUCUUUUUCUUUUUUAAUUCGCAAGGUACGAGUACGAUCCCUCAAAUACGUUUUGUCAUUCUUGAUCCUGGCGUUUUGAGAUGAUGUAACUUCAUCGCGAUCCUGACUUCUUUUCCAGGAAGGUGUGAAAACAUCUUCAUUUUCUCUCUCAACUUUUGUCUGUUCUUUGCCCUGUUUUUCCCAUUGCUUUUUGACGAAGGUGACGAACAGGAAAAAGAAUUAAUUUUCCUCUUGAGGGCUUGUCUUGUUCCCCUCCCGGUCACCAGUAAACUCGCCUGAAAUUUCUCCGAACAUUCAUUAUUACCAUGGCUGCUAUACAGUUCCCUUUACACUCGAUGAUUCACAGAGCCUGCCAACGAGAUUGGUCUACUUUACCUUCCGCGCCCCUGUUCUUAUUGAAACCGUUAUCCAUUUCGUCGGUUGAUCUUCACGAGAUUGCUUCAACUCCUUCUGGAGGCCAGGACUGACUAACCAAAAGUUGUAUUCGACUUAUAUUCACGUAUUGCUGUAGUUCUGAUUACUUUCUAAGAUAUUCUAUGGCUAGAUCACGAGGUUUGUCAACAUUAUUGAUUAUGCCAGAGUAAUUGCAUCCUGUUGUGUUUUUUCUUUAAUUGCUAAAUGGAUUGGGGAUUUAGAAGCCUUUGUCAGGCUGAGACUAGAAGAUUGAUAACAUUAUUAGGAGUAACAGCAAUUCUGAUUUCAGUGGUUCAGUAUGCUGAACUUCCAUAUGAUAAAAUGUUGUCCCUGAUUCCUUCUAUUCGCAAGAUUAGUAAUUCCCAGAUAGAAACAUCAUUGGGUUAUUCUGAAACAGAAGGCAGCAAUAAUCUGUCAAAUGCUAGCUCUAUUAGUGUAUUUGAGGUCAUGGCAAGUAGUCCUACUCCUGAGGCCUAUGAAGGUAGAAGUUCCGGGGUUCACAGUACUAGCGGUUCAAUUUUGGCUCCUGCUUCUGGUCUUGUUCCAGAGACUAAGAAUUUUACAGCUAAUGAAAUCUGUUCACCUGCAAACAAUAUUGAUUUCACUUCAAGAGGGAUUGAAUCUCCCUCAUUUGCCCCACAGCCUGUGGUUUCAAUGACCAGCAGAGCAUCAUUAGUUUCAGAAACUGAGUCAAGAAGUCCCACGAUAUCUGCCCCUUCCAAUGCAACUCCUGCAAAAUCAGAUGCUACUAAGCCAGCAUACAAGGAUGAGAAGCCAGGUUUUUCGCAAGGUAAUAGUUCAAUGUCCAGUAAAGAUAAACCCGCGACUGCAAAGCCCUCAAACAAGCGGCCAUCUAAAGUAGUUUCCAUAUCAGAGAUGAACCAAAUGCUGCAGCAAAGUCAUGCUUCAUCCAAGCUUGCGGCUUCAGGUGUUGAUCAACAAAUAGUGCAAGCAAGAUUAGAGAUUGAACAUGCCCCCAUCAUCGAGAAUGAUUCAAGAUUUAACUCACCCAUCUAUAGGAACGCCUCCAUGUUCAAAAGGAGUUACGAACUCAUGGAGAAGAUGCUCAAAGUUUACAUCUACCAGGAUGGAGAUAAGCCAAUUUUCCACGAGUACUUAUUGGAUGGAAUAUAUGCUUCUGAAGGAUGGUUCAUGAGGCUGAUGGAGGCAAACAAACAAUUUGUCACUCAAGACCCUGGGAAGGCUCACUUAUUUUACAUACCUUUCAGUUCAAGAUUGUUGCAGUUGACACUAUAUGUACGAAAUUCACAUAGGCGUGCAAACUUAAUCGAGUACAUGAGAAACUACGUGGACAUGAUUGCAGCAAAAUAUCCUUUCUGGAAUAGGGCGAAUGGAACAGAUCACUUCGUAGUUGCUUGCCAUGAUUGGGCUCCUGCAGAAACACGUGGACGCAUGCUUAAUUGCAUUAGAGCCCUCUGCAACGCGGACUUAGAAGUGGGGUUCAAGAUAGGGAAGGAUGUUUCUCUCCCAGAAACAUAUGUGAUCUCAGCUCAGAAUCCUCUAAAAAAUAUAGGGGGAAAACCUCCUUCCCAGAGGCCUAUCCUGGCUUUCUUUGCCGGGGGUAUGCAUGGUUAUCUUCGGCCUAUUCUGCUGAAGUAUUGGGAGAACAGGGAAGCUGACAUGCAAGUAUCUGGUCCAUUGCCUCAUGUGAGGGGUAAUGCCAACUACCUGCAACUCGUGAAGAGCAGCAAAUAUUGCAUCUGUGCGAGGGGUCAUGAAGUUAAUAGCCCUCGAGUAGUAGAGGCUAUACUCAACGAAUGCGUUCCAGUUAUCUUAUCAGACAACUUUGUGCCUCCAUUCUUUGAGGUUUUGAACUGGGAAUCUUUUGUUGUGAUUGUGACCGAGAAAGAUAUCCCUAAUUUGAGGAAUAUUCUCUUGUCCAUCUCAGAGGAGAGAUAUUUAGAGAUGUACAAGAGGGUGAAACAGGUACAAGAGCAUUUCCUCUGGCAUGCUGAGCCUGUGAAGUAUGAUUUGUUUCAUAUGAUUCUUCACUCUAUUUGGUAUAAUAGACUUUUCCAAACAAGACACUGAACCAUUCUGUAUCAAUUGUGUAGAAAACUGUGGCAUGUAGAGUUUAUAACUUUUAUGUUUGGUAGAUCCCCAGGGUUGACGGGCGAAGCGAGGAAGUAGAGAAAGCACAGCUUACUGUUGAUUUCUUGUUACACAUGUUGGUUAAUUGUGCACGACAUUCAGCAUAGCUUGUAUCCUGGAAUUUAGGUACUGUUUGGGAGUUUUUUUUGGCAUACAAUGGAGUAGGGUGGAAUGGCUAAAAAUUUUAGACUAUUGUUUGUUAA